AUGCCCUUCUCACUCCAACAUACCCCAUUCUAUCGCGUCACCGUUCAGGCGCUCGGCAGCCUUCGUCAUGUCCCAGGUCCAUGGUAUUGCAAGAUUUCCAACAUUCCACUGAGUAUAUAUGAAAUCAUAUGCCGUCGAAACGACAUUAUUCUCGCCUUGCACAAGAAGUACGGGCCUGUGGUCAAAAUUGCACCGGACGAGGUCUCAGUGGCUGAUCUGGAAGCCACCAAACAGAUCUAUGGAACAAAGGAUCGUUGGGCCAAGAGCGAAUACUUUGACCACUUCAUGGGGUACGGCAAGCGUUCUAUAUUUGCUACUAUGCCCUAUGGGGAACAUCGAAUGAAUCGCAAGUAUAUAUCGUCGUUCUAUCAAGCAAAAGCUAUAUACAAGCUUCCCGAGAUUGAGGAGCAUGUCAAGUCUCGCUCUCUAGCUGUGCUGGACCAGGUACGGGACGGCCAAGAUGUUGAUUCUUUCAGCCUUACGUCAUGGUACGCAUUGGACAACAUAACCUUCUUGGUUUUCGGACCCAAUCACGCAACUCAUUCGGUGGACCAGACAUGCACCGAACGUGGGAUCCUUGAGGGGUUAAAGUAUCAACAGUUGACCGGCCCCUUUCGUUACAGGUGCCCUUGGCUGUACAACUAUGCUCCUUAUCUAUUGCAGAGGGUUAGCUCUCGGUUCGAAUAUCUAGCAGCUGAUGAUGAAUUCCCAACUUGGUGUGAGAAGAAGUUCCUUGCUACUCUCAAAGAUCCCCAGUUAAAUGAACCCCACUCUUUGGUACGUCAUCUUUGUGAACUCAAAGAGGACGAUGCAAACGAUGGGUCUAUCGAUGUGCCUUACAUGGCGGCAGAGGUCCUCGACAAUAUCGACGCUGUCGAAGCUACUAUUGUAGUGACGGCGACAUAUCUCAUUUGGAAACUCACUGAGGUUUUGAAAUGGCAGCAAAAGAUACGUCAAGACCUAUCUGCCUUGCCGAAGCAAGAUGAUGGAUCUCUGUCCAUCACAGCCGUCGAUACUCGGGCUCCGUCGCUUGAAGCGUGUCUCCGUGAGGUGUACCGAGUGCAUCCAUCUUCAAGUGGGACGAAUGAGAGGGUAGUGCCUUUAGGAGGCCGCACACUGGUAGGAGUCUCUGUCACAGAGAAUACCAUUGUCACGUCUUCAGUUCUGGCAUUGCACUAUGAUGAAGACGUCUACCCCGAGCCAUGUAGCUUUCUUCCAGAAAGAUGGCUUGAUGGAAGUGAGGAGAAGCGCAAGACUCUUGAUGCACAGUUGAUUCCUUUUGGAUAUGGUGGCAGAAUCUGUUUGGGAAAGGCUUUGGCUACUAUGGAGCUCAAGAUGCUUAUAGGGAGUUUGUAUCUUGAGCAUGAGAGCCUAGCAACAUUGGAGACCGAUGCUGCGUCCAUGAGGCAGUGUAGCACUCAUGACGCGGUGCCGAGAGGAUUGAGAUGCGUAGUCAGGUUCAGAAGGAUCAACGAUAAUGCAACGCUGGCAUGA